CUGUUCAUAUAGCAUGUUUUCUUUGAGGAUUAUCAUAUGUUGUCUUUGUUUAUCAUUUUUUUUGAAAAACUAUUUUUUUUUAAUUUUUUUUCGAAAUUAGCAAUGACAGUGGCGAGAAUUUGAUUUGUUUUCCGAUAAAAUCGAUAAUGGAACAAAAGAAAUCAACCACUGUUGCUACUGCUGAUGAUGAAAUGAGUUCAUUAGAAUGGAUCGAAUUACAGAAAACAAUCGAUGAUUAUAGUAAAACGGAAACAUUUUUUCAAAAAGCUAAACGACGAACAUUGGAAAAUCCUAUUGCACCGUUAGGUUUUAUUGGUGCCUGUGGUUUUUUGGGAUUCGGUUUACGUGCAUUAAAUCGUGGUGAUUCUCGUCAACAACAAUUUAUGAUGAGAGGUCGUGUUAUUGCACAGGCUAUUGGUAUUGGUUCGAUUAUGAUUGGUCUGUGGAUAGCUGCUAGAAAUGAACAAAAACAACAAUAAGAAAUCAAUGAAUCUUUAUUUAAAAAAAUAUUGAUCUUUAUUUGUUUUCAUUUCGCAAAAAUAUUGUAUAUUUUUAUUAUUAAACAAUCGUUAUAGUUCCAUCUUGAUUACCGAAA